UUGGCUGUUGCGCUUCCUUGUUUACCCGUCCUGUCCACGAGCGUUUGUGUUACAGAAAUAUUCGCUAUUACUGGUGAUGAUCCUCUCGUGAAGCUUUGAACAAAACGCCAAUGAUAUCACCGAGAUAAACACACACAACACAGUUACAAUUAUACAGCAACGUCUCACUUUCAGAGGAUUAAAGGGCGAUGAUGGCGUCCAGCUACAACGCGAAGGAUGAGGAUGGUCAUCUUCCGGGAUCGGUGGGCUCCGGUGGCCCGGGCGCCGUUAAGAGCAAGAAACCCGACAACACGGCUUUCAAACAGCAGCGGUUACCUGCCUGGCAGCCCAUCUUGACCGCGGGCACCGUCCUGCCCGCAUUCUUCAUGAUCGGACUCGUUUUCAUCCCCAUCGGCAUCGGACUAUUCGUCACUUCCAAAAACAUCAAAGAGUUUGAGAUUGACUACACUGGUGUUGAUCGGUUCAGUCCGUGUUACAACUGCGCGCAGAACUACAGCUGGAACAGCACGAGCACCUGUACCUGCUCCGUGCCCUUCACACUAGAUCAGCCAUUUGAAAGCAAUGUUUUCAUGUACUAUGGGCUGUCCAACUUCUAUCAGAACCACAGACGCUAUGUCAAGUCCAGGGAUGACAGCCAAUUGAAUGGGGACAAAAGCUCUUUACUGAACCCAAGUAAAGAGUGCGAGCCGUAUCGAACGAGUGACAAGAAACCCAUCGCCCCAUGUGGUGCUAUUGCCAACAGUCUAUUUAAUGAUACUUUGGAGCUGUUUUAUAUCCAUCCUAAUGGAAGCAGAAUAGCUGUUAAUCUGGUGAAGACAGGCAUUGCUUGGUGGACUGACAAACAUGUAAAGUUUAGAAAUCCAGGAGGAAACAACAAUAACCUUUCAGCCUUCCAAGAAACAAGCAAACCAGUGAACUGGCAUAAGCCGGUUUAUGAACUAGACCUCGCAGAUCCUGACAACAAUGGUUUUAUCAAUGAGGAUUUCAUUGUGUGGAUGAGAACAGCUGCUCUCCCAACCUUUAGAAAACUCUACCGUAUCAUUCAGAAGAAGAAAGACAGCAUGACUCCAACAUUACAGCCAGGAAACUACAGCCUGGAAGUGACCUACAAUUACCCAGUACGCAGCUUUGAUGGCCGUAAGCGUAUGAUCCUCAGCACCAUCUCUUGGAUGGGGGGAAAGAACCCUUUUCUGGGCAUCGCCUACAUCACGGUGGGCUCCGUGUGUUUCUUCCUGGGAGUGGUUUUGCUGAUCAUCCACCAUAAAUACGGCAACCGCAACAACAGUGCCGACAUUUCCAAUUAACACACGUCGGUGAAGUCAUGAGAUAUGCAUGCACGAGUCACACGGUUACAGUUUGACUCAUCUGUCAUAUCUCAUGGAUGAAGAUGCUCCUAUGUAAACACAUAGGUAACUGGAGGGACUAUUCGCAGAUGUGUUGUUCAUACACUGGUAUUUUAAUUGAUCUGUUUUAAAGCAUAAUAACUCAUCCUCACCAAAGGUUUAUUAUGAACCCGUCAGUAGUUCUUAAUUUACUAUAAAGUAUUGUGUGAGGAGUAUUGUGUGUUUGUAUUAUUAAACAACUUAUACAGUAUCAUACAUUUUUACGGUUACUCUCACAAAAACAUGCGCAGAAGAUUUAAUUCAAGUAUAUUUACAUUUAGCACUUUUUUCCAAAGCUGACUUACAAAUGCAAGGGAAACAGCAAAGAGAGAUAUUUAGCAUAAAGAAAACAAAGCUAAUGUUAGCAUAUUUUUGUAAGGCAUAUUUUUCCCCAAGCUUCUCAUUCCUGUACUGCAACCAGUUUUAGUUUUUACUUUGGUUGAAUGUUAAUACACUUAUAGAUUUUCAUUACUGUUACGUGAUGUAUAAAUACUUAAUGAUUUGAAUAAUACUUAAUUUUUUUGCAUUAAAGUGAUAAGAAGUUGAAAAAAGUGCUUAAUUAAAAAUAUGAAAAUAUUAUCACAUUUCCAAAACAUCUUUACAAUCCUAAAAAAAGGCUUAUUUAUGCAAAAUAUGUGACUUGAACAUUUGUUACAGGCUGUGUUAGAUUUAUUUGCUUGAGUAUUUAUACUGAUGGUAUGAUGCAUUCCACCACAGACAGUAUAUAGCAAUGCUUUUUAUUAUGAUGAUGUGAUAUUUCUGAUGUACAGUUUGACUCGUGCAUAUCAGCAAAGAGUGUUCGAAUAUAAUAAGUAAAAUGCUGAAUUGUAAGCAUCUAGAAAAAUGUAUUAAAAGCAAAUGUAUUCAUUUUUUAAGCAGUUGGAAACUUGAAGAGAGUGUUUAGUUGAUCCAGCUUAGUUCUGUAAACGUCCUGUGUCAAUUAUUUUAAUGUUACAUUUCAAAGUGAAAUAAUAAACUAAAGCAUGAGCACUUA